GCGACAGCACUGAUCCAGGGCUCCAGAGUAGUAACAAAGCCUGUUCCCUGCUCUCAUACACUCGCUGCCGCUGAGGCUGAGGGAGGACGCGUCUCCUGAAGAAACCUUGUCUGCAGCACUGAAAACAGAAACUCCACAUUGUCUUGUUUACAUGGAUACAUGGCACAGAGUGAAGGCCACACAGUACAAAGUCAUUGACAGAAGAUGAAAAUGAAUGAAGAUUACUGGUACUUGUGACGUCUUCCUCUCUUAUUUUCCUGACUGAUAUGGGUGAUGUGAUAAUCUGAGGGGCACCCUAAUAGCAUCCUUAGUGAAGCAUUUAUUUUUGACUCCCAUCAUCACACGUCUACAAACCAUUAGAAGAAAUGAUCGGUCAACUACCAGAGGAUACUGUGGAGUCCCAGGGCUCAGAUGAGCUUGAGUGCAAGAUCUGUUACAAUCGCUAUAAUCAGAGACAGAGGAAACCAAAAGUGCUGGAGUGUUGUCACAGAGUAUGUGCCAAAUGCCUUUGCAAGAUCAUAGACUUUGGGGACUCUCCUCAGGGAGUCAUAGUGUGCCCAUUCUGUAGGUUUGAGACAUGCCUGCCUGAUGAUGAGGUUAGUAGUCUUCCUGAUGACAACAACAUCCUUGUGAAUUUGGCUUGUGGGGGAAAGGGGAAGAAGUGCCUACCAGAUAAUCCUACAGAACUGUUGCUAACUCCCAAAAGGCUGGCGUCUCUUGUUAGCCCUUCUCACGCUUCCUCCAACUGCCUGGUUAUAACCAUCAUGGAAGUGCAGAGAGAAAGCCCACAGACUCUGAACUCCACCCCGGUGGUGGAAUUCUACAGGCCCACGAGUUUUGACUCUGUUGCAACUGUAUCCCACAACUGGACAGUGUGGAACUGUACGUCCUUGCUCUUCCAGACCUCAAUUCGAGUGCUCAUUUGGUUGUUAGGUUUGCUAUACUUUAGUUCCUUGCCUUUAGGGAUCUACUUACUGGUAUCUAAGAAAGUCACCCUGGGGGUUGUCUUCGUCAGCCUUGUUCCUUCGAGCCUUGUUAUUCUCAUGGUUUAUGGCUUUUGCCAAUGUGUAUGCCAUGAGUUUCUGGACUGCAUGUCUUCUUGAUAACAAAUAUAGUCAAAUAAGAUACUGCCAUGUUUGUAGCAUAAUUUAUCUUCCCUAUUGUAUUCUUAUUUAUUAUUAUUAUUCAUCACACUAAACAGAAGCAGUAGCCACAA